CAGCAUUACGUUACGACAGGCUGGCUAAGCGUAUUUGGUUACUUUGAUUUUGUCGUUAUGUGAUAUUACAAACUCCAAGUGAAAACUAACAUAAACAGUUUCACUGUUAUAUUUUAUUAGUAAUUAAUUACCCCACUGUGCUAUGUGCGGUUAAUCUGAUCAGUGCACUGAACUACUGAAGCACAGAACAGGCAUUUCAUCUGGAUUCACUCUUCAAUGUGGAAAUUUGGUUUAUGCCUACUAUUAUAGGCCUAGUUAAGUGCCUGACAGUUGACGUGAAAGUAAAAUAAAAAAUAGUAUUAGUAUCCUCUUAUUAGGCCAUCUUCCUUUUAAGUUUCGAUGAAACAACCAAUAAGGUUUGACCAAGAGAUCGAUGGGUUUGACCUAGACCCUAGUUUUAAGUUCCAAGAAUGUCAUCAAUGCUUUGAUGUUAAAUCUACAUAAGCCUAGGACUAACUGAAGUGAUUUUGAUUUUGGGUUCUGGCUUCUAAACUAAAAAUAUUAAAACAUGUUGGUUUAAUUUAGCAAAACAAUCUUUGAAGAAAUGGCCACUCGAUCUCUAACAGAUGUUUUUGUGUUAAUGCGUAACAAUGCAUCACAAAACAGGCACAUAUAUUCUGAACAGCAAAUGACAGACCGCAUGGCCUUAGUGGGAGAUUUAGAGUGUGGUAUUGAGUUGCGACGAAGUGAAGCAUCACGAUUGCCUCCAAUAUGGGCGGAUAACCUGGAGGAGAGUCAGUAUGCGAUGACUAGGCUACGCAACAAACUCAAGGAGCUUGAGGCACUUUACGACAAACAUGUGCUGAGGCCAACAUUAGAUGACUCAACUGAUGAAGAGAGACAGAUUGAAAUACUCACGCAGGAAAUUUCUAGGAUGUUUGCUGCCACUCAUCGGCUGGUGCAGCAGAUUCACCAUCACAGUUCAGACGCCACGACCAACAUGGAGCUCAAGCUGAGUAACAACGUAACUGCCUCACUCGUCACUUCUCUGCAAGAUCUUUCUACUUCAUUUAGGAAACUGCAAAGCUCUUAUUUAAAAAAAAUUAACUCAAGAGAAGAAACUUCAAGGUUGUUCUUUGACUCUGAGAUGUCAAUGGGACGUCAGACUGAUCUAGACUGGGAGGUCGACAAUGAACUUGACAACUUAGACAGAGCGUUCAGCCUAUCUACUGCUCAGCAGGGAGGAUUAACACAAACACAAACCCAACUACUACUACUAGAGGAGGAGAACACUCGACGAGCGGAACAUCGGGAGGCGGAGGUGAGGCAGAUAGUCAAGUCAAUUGUGGAUCUCAACGACAUCUUCAAAGAUCUGGCCCACAUGGUCGCCGAUCAGGGCACAGUGCUCGACAGGAUUGACUACAACAUAGAGCAGGCCCAGGUACAAGUACACGAAGGCUAUCAACAACUCCAGAAGGCUGACUUGUAUCACAGGAAGAACCGCAAGAUGAUGUGCAUCCUAGUGUUGAGUGUGGUGACUAUGCUCCUGACUUUUAUACUUAUUAUCACCAAGUUUUAACUUGUACUUAUAGAAGCCAAGCUUUAGUAUUCAAUGAUGCCAUGUUUAUUUCGUAUCUUGCUUAGCUCAAGUCAUUAUUGUGUUGUUGAUAACCAAAAGUGCAUGUAUAUAUUAUUAUUUGUUGAAUCAAAGUCUUUCAUAUGUUUAUUAUAGCUAAGUUGAUUUUAGAUUUAAAAUUAUUUUGUUGAUUUAGGUUUGAAACCCGGUUUUAUAAGUAUUUAAGUGAGUUUAUUAUAAUAAUAUGUAUCACCAUUGAUAAAAUAUAUCUCAUGCUCCCUUAUACAUUUAUAAUGCUUAUGGAUCAGAGGAAGUCAAUUUUGUGUUGUGUUGAUCAAUAACGCAGGAUCAUAGGGGCCUUUUUAUUUCUAGUGAUUGUAUAACCUAUAAAAUUAUAAAUUUCGAAUGUACUUAUUUAUGUGAAAUACUACUUGUUCUAUGGUAUUAUAACAAAAAUAUUGAGCACAGUUUUAAUCUACUGUAAAAAAACAUAGAAAUAUUUUUGUCAACAUUAACACACUCAAGCCUAAAGGUACUAGCAUUGACUUUACAGAGAGCUUCAAAUGUUACUUGAAUGGGAAGUCUACUCUGUGUAUGGUCAAUGGUACUUCAGGCUACAGAUUUCACAUAUGGUGAAAAUCCUACUUGUGGUAUCUAAAGUCAAUGGUAUCACAUGGCUAGUCAAUAAUUACUUAAAUGUUCAGUAGACAGAGAACAAAAUACAUCCAGGGCAUACUUUAAUGCUGUAAUUUAUUUUGGUUAUUUUUUAUGUACAGUAUUGUAAAUAUAAUGUUCCUAAUUUUUAUUUCCCUCAUUUUAACAUUGUUAUUUGUUAUAAAAUAUAUGGUUUUAAAAUCUAUUUAUAAUUAAUCAAAUGCAUAAUGUUAUAUUGAAC